AUGCUUAAAUUAUCAAAGUUAAAUGAUCUACGGUUUGGUCGUAACACAGAUUUGUACCGACUGAAGGAGCGUUCGACUUCCACCGAGGCAAUGGAUGCAAAUUUCAUAUUUGCAAUGUCCAAAGCAGUGAGUUCAGCCGGAAAUAUUACCCUAUUCAUUUCGCAAUGUGUAUCUCUAAUUAAUUUUAGGCAAUCUAAACCAGGAUUUUUAUGCAAUACGCUGUUUUGUUAUCACAAAUUUUCGAGGAAUAAUCACUGGUCGAAGUACAGUUACGUGAACGGGGCCUCGAGUGAUCCGCUCAAAGCUUAUACGAUCGGAGGAAUUUUCAAUGACGCCGUGCAACAGACUCCGGACCGCGAGUUUCUCGUUAGCCGRCACGAGAACAAACGAUACACGUUCGCUGCCGUGGAUUCCGAGGUGGAUAAGCUUUGCAGGAGCUUUAAUGYCAUUGGCCUCAAGCACGGUGACCGAGUCGGAAUAUGGAUGCCAAAUUGCGCAUUUUACUAUACGGUGAUUAUCGCAACAGCUCGUCUUGGACUAAUUUUGGUAAACGUCAAUCCAGCUUAUCAGAGCGAUGAACUGAAACACAGCUUAACGCUGGCUGAAGUGAAGUGCCUGGUGACCUUAGAGAAGUUUAAGACUCAAAAUUAUCCAAAAAUAUUGGAAAAGGUAGAUCCGGACAUUUGGAAGCGACCACCCAAUACACGGGUUGAGUCRAAAACGUUGCCCACGCUGGAAUCGGUUAUUUUUGAUUCCGAAAACCGUUUUAACGGUGCCUUUAAUUUACAAACGUUCUUGGACCUGGGUUCAAAUACAAACUAUAGUAUUCCUAAAGUUCAACCAGACGAAGGAUGCAAUAUUCAGUUUACUUCAGGUACUACUGGAAAGCCAAAAGCAGCAAUGUUGAAUCACUUUGGUCUAAUUAACAACGCCUACUUUAUUAUGAAGCGUUUAGGGAUCUACGAUGAUAAUAUCAAUAAAGGUGAAUUACAUAAAUUCUGCUGUCCAAUGCCUUUGUUUCAUGCUUUUGCUUUAUCCAUUGCCGUCGUUGCACCUAUGGUUACCAAAUCAACAGUUUAUUUACCGUCAGCCCAUUUCGAUCCGAAAGCUACAGUCGAUGUUCUUACGAAAGAAAAAUGUACAUUUAUAUUUGGUACGCCUACGGUACAUGUGGACACCAUGUCCGCUUUCGAAAAACUUUCACCAGAAUUACAAGAUAACGACAUUAAGCUCGCAAUCACCGGUGGUGCCCCGUGUUCUCCGAUUUUGAUGUCUAAGUUCAAGAACAUGUUUCCAAACGCUAAAAUAUUGAGUUUGUUUGGGAUGACAGAAACUAGUCCCUGUACGUUUCAAAAUUUUCUAAGCGAUUCAGAUGAACGAGUACAGUCGACGAUGGGUUUUAUACAAGAUCACGUGGAGGCAAAAGUGGUCGAUACCAAUGGCAAUAUGGUACCGUUCGGAACUCCCGGAGAACUGUUGAUUCGCGGUUACCUGAACAUGAACGGUUACUUUAAUGAUGAAGAGAAGACAAAGGAKACGAUUGAUUCGAACGGGUGGYUACACACAGG